AUCCACAACAAUGAGAAGAGAGAAUAUUGUGUUAUUCUGAUGUCAGUAGUUCCACCACGCCUACGUUUAAAUACAAAGUUGCAUGUCUUAAAGUUAUCAUCGUUACGGCAAGGGUUGAUAUGGCCUACUUACCCACCGAGAGGACUGAUUGGAAGGCGAUAGCCAUGAGCAUGGCUUUUGCUCAUCACUCCGGCCGGCCAAUGGAAAUGAAUGCCUCUGACUACUUAGUGUAUAAUGAGGCCUCCUUAGCUUGCCAACUAGAAAGACCAGUUCCUCUGAUGGCGAAUGGUAGUAGCACCAGCGGAAUACAUGGGAGUGGGAUGCAGACUGCGAAGAUGGAGGGAGUUUUCAGGGUUGCAUUCAGAACAAAGUCUGAGAUUGACAUCCUGGAUGAUGGUUUCAAGUGGAGAAAGUACGGAAAGAAGUCAGUGAAGAGCAGCCCAAACCCAAGGAACUACUAUCGUUGCUCAACCGAAGGAUGCGCGGUGAAGAAGAGGGUGGAAAGAGACGGAGGAGACCCCAGCUAUGUGAUAACUACGUACGAAGGGGUGCACAACCACACCAGCCCAGCCGUUCUUUAUUUCACGCCCAAAGGGAAUGCCUCCGGUGCAUCUCUUAUUGCCGGAGAUUACUGAUGCUGCCCCUCUCCCUCCCUCCCUCUCUCUCUCUCUCUCUCUCUGUGGGUUGGGCAUUUCGUGAGGUGAUGAGGAGGUUGAGUGUAAUCAGAAAAAGAUAUACUGGAUAUUUGGCAAAA